AUGAACAUAACCGGGCUGCUCAGCUCGUACUACGAUCUGUCCGGCGAGCAGGAGAACCAAAUCAACGAAUUUGUGGCCCGAGCCCUGCUGUACGUUGUCCACCAUCAUAUACUCAGUGUGACGCCCUCCCUGGUGCUGAUCCUGUGCUGCCGGAGCGAGCACACCUGCAACUUUUACAACGAAAUGAUGAGCACCCUCUUCCGCAACUGGGGCCUGGCACCGCUCCAGAUUGUCAAGGUGGAGCAGGGGGUGCCCUGGCGUCCUGUUGCGGGGCGCAGGCACUUCAAUGUGAUAUUCACGGACUCGUUUGCGGCCUUCUCGGAAAUCCGGAUGGAGUACUAUGCCCGCGAGUACAACUACAAUGAGCACUACUUCAUCUUCCUGCAGGCCCGUGACCAUCUGCUGCAGGAGGAGAUGCGCCAGAUCUUUGAGUACUGCUGGCGCUACCACCUCAUUCACUGCAGCGUCCAGGUGCAGAAGUCCAAUGGGGAUGUGCUCAUAUACAGCUACUAUCCGUUCAGUGAGCGCAGCUGCUCGGAUAUGUCGCCGCGGCUCAUCAAUCGCUACAAUGGCAGCGCUCUCCUCGAGCCGGAGAUCUUUCCGCGCAAGCUACGGAAUCUGUUUGGCUGCCCCCUGCGCUGUGCCCUCUGGAAUGUGCCACCUUUCGUUGAGGUACACGUUUCGGAGAGCAGCGGUGCGAGCGUCAGCGGGGGCUACGAGGGUCGCCUGCUUCUGGCCCUCGCCGAGCGGAUGAAUUUCUCCAUAGCCGUGCGUCAGCUUCAGGCGAAAAGUGUCCGCGAUGAGGCCCUGGAGUUGCUGCGGCGUCACGAGGCUGAUCUGACGCUGGGCGGUAUCCGGCAGACGGUGGACCGCAGCCUGUUGGCCACCUCUACGCACAACUACCACCAGAGCCGCGAGGUGUUCGGCAUCCUGGACUCCAGCUUUGAGUUGAGUUCGCUCGACAUCCUUUUCUAUCCAUACCGCCUGCAGAUCUGGCUGGCCAUUGUCGGGGUCCUGGCCCUGUCGGCGCUCCUGCAGCUGGCCAUCGAACGGCUGCUGCGCGAGACGCGGCCCGAGUCCAGGCUCUGGCUGAAUCUGGAGCUGAUCUUUGUGGGUAUGCCGCUGCUGAGGGCGCCACACUCGCACACCGGACGCCUCUACUGCCUCAUGCUGAUGCUGUACACACUGAUCAUUCGGACGGUGUACCAGGGCCUGCUCUAUCAUUUGAUCCGCACCCACCAGCUGAACAGGUGGCCACAGUCCAUCGAUGCCCUGGUGCAGCAGAACUACACUGUGGUCUUAACGCCGUUGGUGCACGACGUGCUCUCCGAGAUACCCAGCGUGCAGCACAUGACCUUCCGCAUUCUCACAGACGUCGAGGAGACGGUGCCUCUCGAUUACUUGGCGGCCAAUCCGCAAGAGCCACGCCUUGUCUCUGCCUCGGCCCUGGAAAUGUACAUCCACUUUAAUCACCUGAGGGCGGAGCGGGCCCAGAGGAUGAGCCAGAGGCUGGGGCAGCCCGUGGAGGCCGAUCAUUUCGAGAUCAUUGCCGAGGACAUUGUGAGCCUGCAGAUGACGAUGUACCUCAGCAAGCACUCCUUUCUCAUCGAUCACCUGAACGAGGAGAUCUUGUGGAUGCGAUCCGUGGGCCUGGUCUCCGUUUGGGCACGCUGGGAGCUCGUCGAGAGCUACCUUCGCAACGAGCAGGGAUUCAAGGAGCUCGGUCUCGUGGAGCUCUACGCCAUGUUUCUGCUGGUGGUGGUGGGUCAUGUCCUGAGUCUGCUCAUCUUCCUCCUAGAGCUUCUCUCCCAGCGAUUGGUUUCCCUGCAACGGCUGUUCUUGUAG